GUUUUCGAAUUUUCACCACUAUAAAACCUCACAAGAACCUCCUCAUAACUCAGCAAUUUCCAAAACAACAUUCCUAACACUACACUCCAAGCAACUAGCUUCUCUACUACUCAAUACUAUGUUUCUAUCGGCAUCUAUGGCUUCUUCUUCACUUCACGUUGCUAUCUUCUCUUUAAUCUUCUUAUUCUCACUCGCCGCUGCAAAUGAAGUCACCGUCGGUGGAAAAUCCGGCGACUGGAAGAUCCCUCCUUCCUCUUCUUACUCAUUCACUGAGUGGGCUCAAAAAGCUCGCUUCAAAGUCGGCGACUUUAUUGUUUUCCGGUAUGAAUCUGGUAAAGACUCUGUUUUGGAAGUAACAAAAGAAGCUUACAACAGCUGCAACACCACGAACCCUUUGGCUAACUACACUGAUGGAGAAACCAAGGUGAAAUUGGACAGGUCUGGUCCUUUCUACUUCAUUAGUGGAGCUAAUGGUCACUGUGAGAAAGGUCAGAAGCUGAGCCUUGUUGUGAUCAGUCCUCGUCACAGUGUCAUCUCUCCAGCUCCUUCUCCGGUUGAAUUCGAAGAUGGUCCAGCUUUGGCUCCAGCUCCCAUUAGCGGCUCAGUUAGGCUUGGUGGUUGUUAUGUUGUGUUAGGUCUUGUUCUUGGUCUAUGUGCUUGGUUCUGAUUUGGAACCAUGUGAUGAGUUUGCUUUUUAGAAUGAGCUUUUUGUUUCAAAAAGCUUUCUUUCUUAUGAUUACAUGUUGUGUUGUUGUUAGCUAAGAGAUCUUUGUCCUUUGGCUCCUUGCUACUAUUUUGUUAUAAAUUCAAUUUAUUAUUAUUUCUCAGAACUGCCACAAA